CCCGGGGACCCGGCCAUGGAGGAGGACGCGGGAGCCGCCGGCGCGGCGCUGGAGCCGGAGCCCGAGCCCGCGUCGGAGCCCGAGGUGGGCGCCGGCAUGUCCGAGGCGUUCUCCCGGCUCUGGACCGACGUGAUGGGCAUUCUGGACGGCUCCCUGGGAAACAUCGAUGACUUGGCUCAGCAGUAUGCAGAUUACUACAAUACCUGCUUCUCCGAUGUGUGUGAGAGGAUGGAGGAGCUGCGGAAACGGCGCGUUUCCCAGGACCUGGACGUGCUCUUUGUGGGUGUAUACCGAGAAGCAGAAUUCCUGGAACAUAAGGAGAAACCCGAAGCCAGCCCCACGUCACUUCAGCUGCGGUCCCAGAUCGAAGAGUCGCUUGGCUUCUGUAGCGCCGUGUCAACACCAGAAGUGGAAAGAAAGAAUCCUCUCCAUAAGUCAAACUCAGAAGACAGCUCCGUAGGAAAGGGAGAUUGGAAGAAGAAAAAUAAGUAUUUCUGGCAGAACUUCCGAAAGAAUCAGAAAGGAAUAAUGAGACAGACUUCAAAAGGAGAAGAUGUGGGUUACGUUGCAAGCGAGAUAACAAUGAGUGAUGAGGAACGGAUUCAGUUGAUGAUGAUGGUCAAGGAAAAGAUGAUCACCAUCGAAGAAGCACUUGCUCGGCUCAAGGAGUACGAGGCCCAACACCGGCAGUCCACUGCCUUGGACCCCGCUGACUGGCCAGAUGGUUCUUACCCAACGUUUGACGGCUCAUCAAACUGCAAUUCAAGAGAACAGUCGGAGGAUGAGACCGAGGAGUCGGUGAAGUUUAAGAGGUUACACAAGCUGGUAAACUCCACUCGCAGAGUGAGAAAGAAACUCAUCAGGGUGGAAGAAAUGAAAAAGCCCAGCACAGAAGGCGGGGAGGAACAGGUGUUUGAGAAUUCCCCGGUCCCAGAUGAAAGGUCCGCCCUGUACUCCGGUGUGCACAAGAAGCCCUUUUUCUUUGAUGCUUCUCCUGAGAAACCCCCAGAAGAUGACUCAGACUCUCUCACGACUUCUCCAUCAUCCAGUAGCCUGGACACCUGGGGUGCCGGCCGCAAACUGGUCAAAACCUUCAGCAAAGGAGAGAGCCGGGGCCUGAUCAAGCCCGCCAAGAAGAUGGGGACAUUCUUCUCGUACCCGGAAGACGACAAGGCCCAGAAGGUGUCCCGCUCCCUCACCGAGGGGGAGAUGAAGAAGGGGCUCGGGUCCCUGAGCCACGGGAGAACCUGCAGUUUUGGAGGAUUUGACUUGACAAAUCGUUCUCUGCACAUUGGCAGUAAUAAUUCGGACCCAAUGGGUAAAGAAGGCGAUUUUGUAUAUAAAGAAGUAAUCAAAUCACCCACUGCCUCCCGAAUCUCUCUUGGAAAAAAGGUGAAAUCCGUGAAAGAGACAAUGAGGAAGAGAAUGUCUAAAAAAUAUAGCAGCUCUGUCUCUGAGCAGGAUUCAGGCCUUGAUGGGAUGCCAGGCUCCCCUCCGUCCUCUCAACCUGACAGCGAACACAUGGACAAGCCCAAGCUCAAAGCUGGAGGUUCUGUGGAGAGUCUGCGGAGUUCUCUGAGCGGUCAAAGCUCGAUGAGUGGUCAGACAGUGAGCACCACCGAUUCCUCGACCAGCAAUAGGGAGAGUGUCAAGUCGGAAGAUGGUGAUGACGAGGAGCCCCCAUACCGGGGCCCGUUCUGCGGGCGCGCCAGGGUGCACACCGACUUCACACCCAGCCCCUAUGACACGGACUCUCUCAAGCUCAAGAAAGGAGACAUCAUUGAUAUAAUCAGCAAACCCCCCAUGGGCACCUGGAUGGGCCUGCUGAACAACAAGGUGGGCACGUUCAAAUUCAUCUACGUGGAUGUGCUCAACGAGGAAGAGGAGAAGCCCAAACGUGCCACCAGGAGGAGGAGGAAAGGGAGACCCCCCCAGCCCAAGUCGGUGGAGGACCUCCUGGAUCGGAUCAACCUCAAAGAGCACAUGCCCACCUUCCUGUUCAAUGGCUAUGAAGAUCUGGACACCUUUAAGCUCCUGGAGGAGGAGGACUUGGACGAGUUAAAUAUCAGGGACCCGGAGCACAGAGCUGUUCUCUUGACGGCAGUGGAGCUGUUACAGGAAUAUGACAGUAACAGCGACCAGUCUGGAUCCCAGGAGAAGCUGCUUGUUGACAGCCAGGGCUUGAGCGGAUGCUCUCCACGAGACUCAGGAUGCUAUGAAAGCAGUGAGAACUUGGAAAACGGCAAAACUCGGAAAACAGGCCUCUCUGCCAAGUCAUCAACCGAGUCCAGCCUGAAGUCUUUCAACAGGAACCAGCUGGGCAACUACCCAACCUUGCCUUUGACGAAGUCAGUGGACGCUCUGAAGCAGGGAGGGGAGGGGAGGCUGGGCGGUGGUCUCACCCCUCUGGCCUCCAAGAGCUGUGAUCCCCCGUGUGUGACUGAUUUGAAUAAAAACCGAAGGAGUCUCCCCGUUUCCAUCUGCCGGAGCUGUGAGACCCUGGAGGGCCCCCAGACCGUGGAGACUUGGCCCCGGUCCCACUCCCUGGACGACCUUCAAGGAGAGCCCGAGAAAGACGUGCCUGGCGAGGUGACAGGACCUUGCCCUCAGACUGUACCUGAAGUGCCACAAAAGACAGCCCCCUGCGUCACAACGGUUCCGGGCCCCAAACGAGAGUCUGCUGUUGACGAUGCAUUGCUACUGACCCAAAGCAAGAGAUUUUCUGAACCUCAGAAAACGACUACUAAGAAACUGGAUGGCCCGACGGGGCCCUUUUCACGGGGUACAUCCCCCCCUCCGUGUUUGCCCAAAACCUUUGACGCCCAACCGCCUGCCGUUAAACCCAGUUUAACACGGACGCCUGUGGAGGGUCACAGGAAAGGACUCGAUUUCGAAGGGACACAUCACCCCGCGGGCACCAAAGAAGGCCUGGAUGCUGAGCAGAGGGGCCCCGAGGCCAGAACGCAGGCUAAACCUCCCGUCCAGCCUCCGCCCGUUCCCGCCAAGAAGAGCAGGGAGCGCCUCGCCAACGGGCUGCAUCCUGUCCCUCCUGGUCCCCCCGGCGGCCCCGGCCCCGACGCACCGGGCCUGCCGCUUAAAAAGGGCAGCCCCGGCGGCCCCAGUGACUGUCCCCCGGCAGCGGCGGUGGCCAGGCCUCCCCCGGGGCCGGAGCCGGGCAGCCCGCCGAGCACCAGGCCACCACCCUGGCUGUCGGAGCUGCCCGAGAGCGCCAGCCUCCAGGAACACGGCGUGCGGCUCGGGCCCGCGCUGGCCAGGAAGGUCUCCUGCGCCCGCGGGCUGGACCUGGAAAUGCUGACCGAGAACAAGCUGCGGGCGGAAGGCAUUGAUCUCACCGAGGAGCCCUAUUCUGAUAAGCACGGCCGCUGUGGGAUUCCUGAGGCCCUGGUACAGAGGUAUGCAGAAGACUUAGACCAGCCGGAAAGGGAUGUCGCCACCAACAUGGACCAGAUCCGUGUCAAGCUGCUUCGGAAGCAGCAUCGCAUGGCGAUCCCAAGCGGCGGACUCACAGAAAUCUGCAGGAAGCCGCUGUCUCCUGGCUGCGUGUCGUCCGUGUCGGAUUGGCUGAUUUCCAUCGGUCUGCCCAUGUAUGCCAGCGCCCUCUCUGAGGCGGGCUUUAGCACCCUGGGCCAAGUGCCUUCUCUGUCCCACACUUGCCUUCAGGAGGCUGGCAUCACAGAGGAGAGACACAUAAGCAAGCUCGUGUCUGCAGCCAGACUCUUCAAACUGCCACCAGGCCCCGAGGCCAUGUAGCCAGGCCUGAGAUGGGCCUGCCUGGACAAGAGCCACCCGUUCACUGUGUUCAUGAUGCUGAUGCAAUUCCUCCCUGGCUGGCCAUGUAGACCAGACCCAGGAGAAAGGCCCAGUGUGUUGCCAGCAGAACUCGGAAUCUUGGCACGGGACUGAUGACCUUCUCUUCUCCAGAAAAGCCCCCCUCCGGGAAAUUGGUGUGGUUCUCUGUGACCCCCCCCAAAGAAAAGACAAGCACUUAGUUUUGUUUUCAGGAUACAGGAGAACCAAGAUGCUGACUUGCCACAAAUGCUUUGCCCACAGCCUGUCUUGGUGCGCUGGGCGAGGGCAGAGGACAGGGGGAGAGGCUGCCUGUCCCGUUUCUCAGCAUGCUCCUCACCCUUCCGUCACCCUGCAGGGUUCCUGAGGCCCAGACGGGCUUUAGCCAGGCCAAAGUAACAGCCUCGGGAGUGAUUGUACACUAUUGACCAGGCUCAUGUGUUCAAAAGUAAGAAAAUCUGGCUGCACUGGAAAAAGAAAGCCCUAUUCUCCUUUAGGUAAACAAGAGACGUUUUAAUAAUUGCUUUCUAGCAAAUCAGCAUUUAUUUGCCUUAACGUAAGCUUUUAAGCAGUUAUCUAACCUAGUGUUCACUACCUUGUAACCGUAGUUCCAGAUCCUCAGCUUAGACUGCCAUCUAACGUAUGUGGGAUGUUUCCAACAGAAAUGGGCUUUUCUAAUUGUCUCACUCUGAUGUGGCUUAUUUUAUAGGGGUGUUUAUCAGGCCAGACUCAUGUUGACUUUCAGAUUUUAAACUAACUACAAAUCUGGUAAAAAGCUCGCUGAAAUUCACAAGAUGUCAUGUGUGAGGGUAUGUUUGUGUGUUUGAGGUUAUGAUCUUUCAUUUUAAUCAGUUUAGUGUUAACAUGUUGGUCACUGUGCUGCAGUAUUGACUUGGAAUCUUGACCAUGUCCAUUCCAAAAUCGGUCAUUGGGUAACAGAUCACCUUUGCAAAAAGUCAUUGUAAGUUGAAUAUUUAAGGAAGAUGUUCUUUAAAGGGACAUAGUGUGUAAGAUAUUUUAAAAGAUUUUUUUCUUGGUUUUACAGUUAAAAUACUGUUUUCCAUCUUAUUUAGGUAAUUCACUUAAAUAUAAUAAAGGUUCAUUAUGGAGCCAAACAAACUACAUUGGCCAUGUAUUAAAUAGUUGUAUAUUUUCAGUUCUUUUCCAACUGAUUUCAGCAUUCUCUUUCAAUCUAUUGUCUGAUUUUCUAGCAGACAGAAAUUAUUGUUUCCAGUUGCUUAUAAAAUGAUUUUCCUUUACAUUCUUAUCAUGAGCCCUAUUUUAAGCAUUGGGUGUGAUCAUUUACGGGAGAAAUGCUUUGAGUCAUGAUUUAAAAGUGCUGUAAUAUUUUGUCUACUCAUUAAAACAAAUGAUAAUCCCUCAGGGGAGAGGGGGGAAAAAGAUGUUUUCAUGAAUUACAAAGCCAUUUUACCAUUUGCUUUAAAAAAGAUCUGGAUCCAUAUUUCUGAGGAAAAGGACGUUCUCAGGUGAUAUUUUUUUUUUUCUUCAUGCUUUUGGUAUGCAUUUUAAAGAAUAAUAUAUAUUUCUUCAAUAAUAGUCACCUUCUAUAAGAUGCCAUGUAAGAAGUUGUGGAACACUAGAAGAAAAAGCUAAAGCGGCCAAAUUUCUAUUGAACUCUUCAGCCCAUUAUGACAUUCCUGUGGGAUGUGACAUUCCAUGAAAAGGGUAAGGAGGCUGCAGGCUCUCCUGUAACUAUGUCGUUGGAAGGGAUUUCACGUGUGGAGGAGAGGAUGCUUUAAAAUGAACGGGCUCCUCACCCCACGUUUUCGGUGCCUCACCGUGACUUGUGAGAGAGCCUGCUCAGAGUUGAAGCUGAGCUAAAAGACCACACGUAUAGUCAGGUGAUACAUAGGAGCAAAGGAGAAGGGAAAAUCAUACGUGAAUUUCCUGGUGUUAGUUCAUUUUCACCGUAAGAUUUUCACUUAUGUAAAAGAGGUGCCAGAAAAGUGAACUUUCUGAAUAUGAGUUUUUAAGAAUGCCAAACCGUAUUUUUUUUUUUUUCCAUUCUUCUUUGGAAAUCAUUGCCUUUGCCUAGAAGUGAAAUUCAGGGACCAUGAAUCAUUUUCAGUGGAAGGGCUUCCUAGUCUGUGGGAUCUGAGGUGAUUUUUACUUUAUUGUGCUUUUAUUAAAAUCCUUUUGUUUGUAAACUUUUAGUAUUUGUUUGGUCUUCUUUUGCUUUAAACUUUUAAAUUGACCUUAGAAAAGCCUGAAUGCUUGUGUGUGACAUUUGACCGAGAUGGUUUGCGGCCGCCUGUGGAUGCCGGAAGACAGGUGGUCGGCUUCAGCAAUAUCCAGUUUUCAUCCAUUGCACUUGGUGCAGAAUGUUGAGGAAGGGUGAACACUGUUGUUUUAGGAAAGCACAGAGAAACCUGGAGAGGCAGUUUGGCUCAGGUAGCUACACAUCCUUGUAUGUCAUUUUUUUUUCUUUGAAGCUGUCUAUAAGGAAAUGCAGCCAGCCCCAACCACUACUUACAUUCCCAGAUAACCAAGAAGUAGAUAGAUUUUUCAUGGCCUUGCCUUAGUCAGAGGCCCUUUUCUCUUUUCUUGUACCCAGGUGUGGGUGAAAUUGGAAAUAAGUAGUCUGUUGAAAAUCAGUUCCUGACAGAGCAAAGUUUGCUUUCAUAAUUGCAGCAAAAGAAGUCAGGUCACCAAGUCAGUGCUGCAUGUGUGUACUGUAUUAUUUUCAGAAAAAAAAAAAGUCU